UCUCAGUUCUCACUCGCUAUUCAAAUUCUUCGCCAUUCUUUUUUCUUUGAUCAAGCUUUUCGUUUCACUACAUUCACAAAAGUACUGCGCCGUGUUUGGCGCUGUUACUUAUUCUCGUUCUUAUUGUUGGGUUUUUCGCAGGUAACAAAUGAUGAACACUGAAAAGUUUACUCAGAAGACCAAAGCGGCGGUUUCGUCGGCGCACGAGCUCGCAAUGAGUUCCGGCCACGUGCAGCUGACAACCCUCCACCUGGCGCACGUGCUGAUUUCCGACCCAAACGACAUCUUCUACAAAGCGAUAUCCAACGCGGGAGACGAACCAUCCGCACGCUCCGUGGAGCGCGUGUUGGGCCAGGCGAUAAAGAAGCUUCCCUCACAGUCUCCUCCUCCGGACGAAGUGCCCGCGAACGCUAACCUCAUGAAGACCGUCGAAAGAGCACAUGCAUUACAGAAGUCAGUGGGAGACACGCAUUUGGCCGUCGAUCAGUUAAUCAUCGGACUCCUCGAAGACUCACAGAUGGGAGAGUUGUUGAGGGAGGCGGGCGUGGCGGCGGCGAGGGUGAAGUCCGAGGUGAAGAAGCUUCGCGGGAAGGAAGUGAGGAAGGUGGAGAGCGCCUCCGGGGGUCCAACUUUUCUGGCUUUGGAGACUUAUGGGUGUAACCUUGUUGAACAAGCGGGGAAGCUUGACCCUGUUAUUGGGCGUGACGAAGAGAUUAGAAGGGUGGUGAGGAUUUUGUCGCGGAGAACUAAGAAUAACCCUGUUCUCAUUGGUGAACCGGGGGUGGGUAAAACUGCGGUUGUGGAAGGGUUGGCGCAGAGGAUUGUUAGACAAAACGUUCCGAGUAAUCUUUCUGAUGUGAGGCUUGUUGCGUUGGAUAUGGGGGCGUUGGUGGCGGGUACGAAGUAUAGGGGAGAUUUUGAGGAGCGGUUGAAGGAGGUUUUGAAGGAAGUGGAAAAGGCUGAGGGGAAGGUAAUAUUGUUUAUAGAUGAAAUUCAUUUGGUUCUUGGUGCUGGUAGUACUGAUGGUUCCAUGGAUGCUGCUAAUUUGUUGAAACCUAUGCUUGCUCGUGGCCAGCUUCGGUGUAUUGGAGCCACCACGCUUGGGGAGUAUAGGAAGUAUGUGGAGAAAGAUGCGGCUUUUGAGAGAAGGUUUCAGCAGGUUUUUGUGGCGGAACCUAGUGUGGCUGACGCCAUUAGUAUCCUUCGGGGGUUGAAAGAGAGAUAUGAAGGCCAUCAUGGUGUUAGAAUCCAGGACCGUGCUCUGCUUAUGGCAGUUCAAUUGUCUAGUCGGUAUAUUACUGGGCGUCAUCUUCCUGAUAAGGCUAUUGAUCUAGUGGACGAGGCUUGUGCAAAUGUGAGGGUUCAACUUGAUAGUCAGCCUGAGGAAAUUGAUAGUCUGGAAAGCAAGAGAAUGCAGCUCGAAGUGGAACUUCACGCAUUGGAGAAAGAGAAUGACAAAGCUAGCAAAGCCCGAUUUAUUGAAGUGCGGAAAGAACUUGAUGACUUAAGGGAGAAGCUUCAGCCUUUGAUGAUGAGGUACCGAAAAGAGAAAGAGAGGGUUGAUGAGAUUCGAAGGCUUAAGCAGAAACGAGAAGCGCUUCUGUUUGCCUUACAAGAGGCUGAGAGACGAUAUGAUUUAGCAAGAGCUGCAGACCUGCGAUAUGGAGCAAUUCAAGAGGUGGAAGCUGCAAUACAACGUCUUGAAGAGAACACUGGGGAAAACUUGAUGUUGACAGAAGCGGUUGGACCAGAGCAAAUAGCUGAGGUUGUGAGUCGCUGGACUGGUAUACCGGUAACGAGUCUUGGCCAAAACGAAAAACAAAGGUUGAUUGGACUUGGUGAGAGAUUGCACAACAGAGUUGUUGGACAACACCUAGCAGUUAAUUCUGUAACUGAGGCUGUAUUGAGAUCAAGAACUGGGCUGGGGAGACCUCAACAACCAACGGGUUCAUUCCUAUUUCUAGGUCCAACUGGUGUUGGCAAGACCGAACUAGCAAAGGCUCUUGCUGAGCAGCUCUUUGAUGAUGAAAAACAGUUGGUGAGGAUUGACAUGUCCGAAUACAUGGUGCAGCAAUCAGUGUCAAGAUUGAUUGGUGCACCGCCAGGGUAUGUUGGACACGAGGAAGGUGGACAACUAACUGAAGCUGUAAGGCGAAGACCUUACAGUGUGGUGCUUUUUGAUGAAGUGGAAAAGGCUCAUCCAUCUGUGUUCAAUACUCUUCUUCAAGUUUUGGAUGAUGGGAGGUUAACUGACGGACAAGGCCUUACUGUAGAUUUCAGGAACACUGUCAUUAUGAUGACUUCAAACCUUGGAGCAGAGCACCUCCUGAGUGGACUUUCAGGAAAAUGUCCCAUGCAUAUUGCUCGGGAUCUUGUAAUGGAGGAGGUGAGAAAGCAUUUUAGGCCAGAAUUGUUGAACCGACUUGAUGAAAUUGUGGUAUUUGACACUCUUUCACGCGAGCAAUUGGUAAAGGUUGCAAGGUUACAAAUGAAGGAUGUUUGCAAUCGUCUUGCUGCGAGAGGAAUUGCAUUGGCAGUGACAGAUGCAGCACUAGACUAUAUUGUUGGCGAGAGCUAUGAUCCGGUAGGUGUAUGGAGCUAGACCAAUUAGGAGGUGGCUUGAGAAGAAGGUGGUGACAGAGCUAUCUAGAAUGCUUCUAAGGGAAGACAUUGAUGGGAA